AAUAUUAUCCAAACAUAAAAUGUAUGGAGAUUCAGUAUCUGUGUUGUUACCCAAUGUUUGACCUGCGCGUGGCGCUGAAACACCAUUCUCAGUAAAAAAUAGUUAUUACUUUCGCUGUUUUUAUUUAUUUAUUAAUAUAUAUCUAGGCUAUAUUGAUAUGUCCUCACGUAUCAUCAUUGUAUGUUUGAAAUAUCUGUUAUCAACUAAAUACAUAUUUUCCCUUCUGGUUGUAUUUUAGAACUUCCUGUAUUGAUUUUGGCAUAUGGAUUACAGAGUACAUAGAAGCCUGAAGCAUUUUUGGCAAUGCUGACUAUGAUGUAGUAGGUACUAGAUAGUCAACCAAAUAGGUUAUGAGACAUAGCCAGUGUUUUACUCCAGAAGAAGGGAUUGUAUUUUACUCUAGUCAGUCCUCACCCGUCAGGUCUCAAUAACUCCCUCAGGCGUUGAACUCUACUCGUCUGAGCAGGAUAACAUCAGAUAAAGCACAGGGAAUCAGGGAAGAGCUCUUAGACGUCGGACCAUGCGUGAGGGAUUUUGGAAACUUCUUUGUAUUUUCAUGUUUUCCUUUCGUGCUUUUAAAGCUUCGGCAGCUAUUUAUCCGGUUCCAGUGAGACUGCAGCGCACAGUGUCGGAACACAACACUGGAGCAAACACACACAGCAGGAACUGGUGCCAGUACACAGUACAGAAGAUUGUUUCAUGCCAGAAACAAAAUGGUACAGAGACCGUUGUGCAGCGACUGUUCCAGAGUUGCCGAUGGCCUGGACCGUGUUCAAACCUCAUCAGCUACAGAACUCUGGUGAGACCUGUGUACAGAGUGACCUACAGGAAAAUCACUUCUCUGGAAUGGCGAUGCUGUCCAGGAUUCCAUGGAGAAGACUGCAGAGAGGGUGAGGGAGCUCAUUUUUUGCUGAUCUCAAGUUCACUGAAGCAUUACCAAAUCAUUUGAAUGACUGUAAGGCAA